CGCUGCUUCCUGUGCUCCACUCUCUCCCUUUGUUCAAGGCUAACACGACUCAUCCACACACCAGGAGGAGAAAGCUAACCACAUUAGCAUGCCCAUGUUCCGAUGAAUCACGUUUCAUCAUAGCAAGAUGGGCAUGGGCUGCUCCUGUCACGGUUUAAUCUAGUGCCUUCGUCAUUGAGCCUUCACCCCUUCCCCUGACCUAAGAUGAUGAACACAGUCAAGUCCAGUGGUCUGAGAAUGCCUGGCCGAGCACCCAAACACUCCGGCCAAGUGGUUCGAAGCUCCACAGGGGGCUCGUCCAGUCCUGUGGUCCCUAAAGAAAGUACUCCACUGAAGCCCCUCACACCGCCUAAGUUCUCAGAGGAGGGAGAUGAUGUUUUGGGGGACUACACAGUGGGCGAGUCGGUCUGGGUCAAUGGUGUCAAAGCUGGCACCAUUGCAUAUCUUGGAGAGACCCAGUUUGCUCCUGGACAGUGGGCAGGAGUUAUCCUCAGUGACCCUGUGGGCAAAAACGAUGGUUCUGUGGGCGGUGUGCGCUACUUCGAGUGCCCGGCUCUUCAGGGCAUCUUCACCCGACCCUCCAAGCUGACCCGACAGCCUGCGGCCGAGGGGCCAGAUGGCCCCGACCCCACCCAGCCUCAGCACGAGACCAACAGCACCCCAUCUGCCCAGCGAGUGGUGGUACCCCUCCGAGAGGGACUCCUCAACAGUGCGGUCAAGACAGGCAACGAGUCUGGCUCCAAUAUGUCCGACAGUGGCUCAGCAAAGCGAGGAGGAGAGAAGGAUCUGCGUGUGGGAGAUCGGGUUUUGGUGGGUGGUUCAAAAAUGGGAGUCAUCAGAUACAUGGGUGAGACAGACUUUGCCAAAGGAGAGUGGUGUGGAGUGGAGCUGGACGAGCCUCUGGGCAAGAACGAUGGAGCUGUGGCAGGGACCAGAUAUUUCCAGUGUCUUCCAAAGUUUGGCCUGUUUGCUCCAAUCCACAAAGUGAUCCGCAUCGGCUUCCCAUCCACCAGCCCAGCAAAGGUGAAGAAGAGCAAGCGCAUGGCCAUGGGGGUGUCGUCUCUGGCCCACAGCCCCAGCAGCUCUUCCAUCAGCUCUGUCAGCUCUGUGGCCUCCUCUGUUGGGGGCCGGCCCAGCAGAGCAGGACUGCUGACAGAGACGUCGUCCCGGUACGCUCGUAAGAUCUCAGGCACCACGGCUCUGCAGGAAGCUCUGAAGGAGAAGCAGCAGCACAUUGAGCAGCUGCUGGCAGAGAGGGACCUAGAGAGGGCCGAGGUUGCCAAGGCAAACAGUCACAUCUGUGAAGUGGAGAAAGAACUAAGCACGCUCAAAGCCUCACACAUGCAGUAUGUAACGGACAAUGAGAGAACCCUGCUGCAGGUCCAAACUCUUCUGGCCAGUACACAGAAAGACAAACAGGAACUCAUCAAUCAGCUUGAAGAGGAGAAAAGAAAGGUGGAGGACCUCCAGUUCAGAGUGGAAGAGGAGUGCAUCUUCAAAGGAGACCUGGAGCAAACCACGGUGGAGGAGCAGAGCCGUAUCAUGCAGCUUGAGAAGGAGCUGGGUCUGAAGAAGGCCGAGCUGGAGCGUGCCCAGGCUCAACUCAGAGGGCCUAACCAGGAGCCCAGAGACCAGGAGGAGCCCAGUGACCAGGGGGAGCAGAGAGCCAGCAGUCCCAGGACAGACACACAGGAGUUGGCCAAUCUGCGUGGGCUGGUGGCCAGACAGAACCAGGAGCUCAGUGAUCUGAAGCAGAAGAUCCAGCAGGUCAACAAAGAGAACAUGGACAUGAUGGACACCUGGAAGGUCAAAUUUAAUGCGCUGGCAAUUGAUCAUGAGAAGUCUUGGGAGGAGCUGAAAUCCUCUCUGAAAAGUCCACCCAGUGCUCUAUCAGGACAGGAGCCAGAUGCACAGGAGCUCCUGGUGUGUGUGGAGAGCAUGAAGAUGGAGCACCAGCUGGAGAUGGAAAACCUCAAGGCUAAGCACAAGAUUGAAGCUGCCAUUCUGAGCAAGGAGCGGGAUGACUUGAGCCUCCGACUGCAGGAGGCCUGGAAGCAGCUGGAGAACAGAAUCACAGAGGGAACAGAGGAGGAUCACACAGGACAAUACAUCUUGAAGCAGGCUCUGAGUGACACUCGUGAGAGGCUGCAGAAGGCUGAGCAGCAGCUACAGGAGGGGAAGAGACUACAGGAGGAGCUACGGGAAGAAAGAGAGAGGAGCGAGGAUGUGCUAAGAAGGAGUCUGGACCAGAGGAGCUCUGAGCUGGAGGCGCUGCAGCAGGCUCAUACCCACAGUCUGGACACUGUGCGCCGACUGGAGCAGGAGCUAAGUGAGCGGCUGGAGAGCCAGGUCCUUCCUGAGGACUAUAACCACAGCAGGGACACGAUCCACAGACUGGAGGAGGAGCUGAGAGUGACCACCAACCAGCUCCAGGCUCUGCAGGCUCAGCACACGUCCCAGGAGGCAAAUGUGAUAGAAGACCACGACACAUCAGAGGAAAAAAUGAAUCCCAAACACAAUAUUCAAGAAACCACUGAGAAAUUGAUGAAAAGAGAGAAGGAGGUUUCAGCUCUAAUCUCACAGGUGGAAGUCCUCAAAUCACAAGUCACCGCACUGGAGGGGAAGGUGAGUGCAGGAGAGAGAAAGGCGGAGCUGCUGCUGAAGGAGAAGAUGCGCAUAGAGGCGGAGCUGGACUCCAUAAGCAGGAAAUCCCAUGAUGCAUCUGGGCAGCUGGUCAGCAUAAGCCAAGAACUGCUCAAGAAAGAGAGAAGUCUGAAUGAGCUGCGUGUGCUUUUGCUGGAGACCCACCGCCCGCCGCGAGAGGAGCGUGAAGUGUGCAAAGCCGAGUGGAGGGUCAAAGAGCAGAAGCUCCAGGACGACAUCAAGAGCCUGAGAGAGAAGCUGCUGCUGCUGGGUCAACAGCGCUCCUCACCUGAUCACCGGCGCUAUUCCAUGUUGGAGCCUUCUGCCCUGGACUCGGAGGUGAGCCGUCUGAGACAGAGACUGCUCAGUACAGAGGACGCCCUGAGAAACGCCCUGGAACACAACCAGAAUGUGGACCUCCUAGUGCAAGCCAUGUGCAGGAAACCUGAUAAGACUCAAACGCAUGAAGCUCAUUCAGCGAAUGGAAUCCACUGUGAGACAAACACAAACAAACAUGAGCACCUCUGAUAUGGGAGCAGAGGAGGAGUGAACAUGAGGCUCAGUCACCAGAAGAGCCAUCCCUUAAACACA